AUGUCAGGAAUAAUACAGUUCAAGGAAGAAAUCUCUAAGCGUUUCAAGUCCCACAUUGAUCAGCUUGUGUUGAUAUUUGCUGGGAAAAUUUUAAAAGAUCAAGACACUUUGACUCAGCAUGGCAUUCACGAUGGACUCACUGUUCACCUGGUUAUCAAAACACAAAACAGAUCACAAGACCUCUCAGCUCAACAAGCAACCACCACUGGGAGUACUGCUGCCACAUCAACAUCAAGUAGUAGUACCUCAGCACCAGUUUCAACAAAUAGUAACCCUUUUGGCUUGGGUGGCCUUGGAGGUUUGGCAGGUCUGAGUAGCCUGGGCUUAAAUACAUCAAACUUUUCAGAGUUGCAGAGUCAGAUGCAACGGCAACUUAUGUCCAACCCAGAAAUGAUGGUUCAGAUAAUGGAAAAUCCAUUUGUUCAGAGCAUGCUUUCAAAUCCUGACCUGAUGAGGCAGUUAAUUAUGGCUAACCCUCAAAUGCAGCAACUGAUACAGAGAAAUCCAGAAAUCAGUCACAUGCUGAAUAAUCCAGAUAUAAUGAGACAGACACUUGAACUUGCUAGAAACCCUGCAAUGAUGCAGGAAAUGAUGCGAAACCAAGACCGAGCCUUGAGCAACCUUGAAAGUAUACCAGGUGGAUACAAUGCCUUGCGACGUAUGUACACAGAUAUUCAGGAGCCAAUGCUGAAUGCAGCACAGGAACAGUUUGGAGGUAACCCAUUUGCUUCUUUAGUAAGCAAUGCAUCAACAGGAGGGGACAGUCAGCCAUCUCGUACAGAAAAUAGAGAUCCUCUGCCAAAUCCUUGGGCUCCUCAGUCCAACUCGCAGUCUUCCACGUCAAGUACCAGCACCAGUGGUGAGAGUGGUGGCAGUAGUAGUGCUGGAAAUAACACCUCUGGCAGUACAGGACAGAGCUCAGCUGUACCAAAUUUGGGACCUGGACUAGGAGCUGGUAUGUUCAACACGCCAGGAAUGCAGAGCUUAUUACAGCAAAUAACAGAAAACCCACAACUUAUGCAGAAUAUGUUGGCUGCACCCUAUAUGAGAAGCAUGAUGCAGUCAUUAAGCCAGAAUCCUGAUCUUGCUGUACAGAUGAUGUUGAAUAAUCCUUUAUUUGCUGGAAAUCCUCAACUUCAGGAACAAAUGAGACAACAACUUCCUACUUUCCUUCAGCAAAUGCAGAAUCCUGAUACGUUAUCAGCUAUGUCAAACCCUAGAGCAAUGCAGGCGUUGCUACAGAUUCAGCAGGGCUUGCAAACACUAGCAACAGAAGCACCAGGGCUUAUACCAGGAUUUAAUCCUGGUUUAGGUGGACUUGGAAGCACUGGAGCUCCUACAGGGUCCACUGUACCUAGUUCUGUUCCCACUGAAAGUUCAAGUCCAGCGUCAGGNNNUGCUGAACCUGGUCACCAGCAGUUUGUCCAGCAAAUGUUGCAGGCACUUGCUGGUGCAAAUGCUCAGUUACAAAACCCAGAAGUUCGAUUUCAGCAACAACUGGAGCAGCUGAGUGCAAUGGGCUUUCUGAACCGUGAAGCAAACUUACAAGCGCUAAUAGCAACAGGAGGAGACAUCAAUGCAGCUAUUGAAAGGCUGCUUGGCUCACAGCCUUCAUAG